AUGAACACCAAUAAUAACAAUGAUCAUUUGAAUAAUAUUUAUUUAGAAUUUAGCUUAUUGAAUAAUUUUUUGAAAGAACUAAAAGAGAAUAUUAAAAAAAGUAAUAAUGAAAAGUAUACAAAUAUAUAUGAUGGUUGUGUAGAAUAUAUAUAUAGUCUACAUAAUAAAUAUACCGCAUGGAAUUAUAAUACUGAAAAAAUCGAUGAAAAAUAUAUAGAUUAUUUUGUCCAAAGUAUUAUAUUAAAUAUAAAAAAUUUCUUAAGAAAUCAUUUUUGCUUAAUAGAUGAAGACAUAGAGAGUUUAAAAAAUAAAAAUAAGAAAUUAAUGGAAAAGUUAAAAUCAGGUGUUGAAAAUGCUGAAACUCAAGAAAAUUACAUUUAUGAAUUGGAAAAGAAAUUAAUUUUUGAAAAGGAGAAAAAUAAAUGUUCAUAUAAUUUACAUGACAAAAUUAAUAAUCUAUUAAAAUUAAAUGAACAACUUACAAAUAAAAAUGAGCAAUUAGAAUGUUCAUCCUUCAAGCAUAAACAAGAAAAUAACAAGCUGAAAAUAGAAUUAAAGAAAUUCUGGGAUCUUAAGGAAAAAAAGAAAAAAUACGAACAAAACAAAUUUUCAUAUUAUAUGCUAAAUAAAAAGAUGAGUACUUUAUUAAAAAAAAUCAAUAAUCAUAUACCCAGUCAUCAAAAUAAUUUUUUAAAUGAAAAGAAUAGAAGUUAUAGUUAUAAUUUUGUCCAUACAUUGAAGAAAUAUAUUAUCCUAAGAGAUUCACCUUAUUUAAACGAAUUUAAUAUAAAUACCUAUACUAAUAAUUAUAAGAAAAGUAUAAAUAAUAAUAUUAAUGAUAAUCAUAAAAUGUAUAAUAGUUAUGAAAGAUAUGAUAAUAAUGGUAAUGUAAAAUAUGGUAAUAAAAAGUAUAAUGGUAAUGAAAAAUAUGAUAAUAAUGAUAAUAAUAAAAUGUAUUAUGGUAAUGAAAAAUAUAAUGAUGAUAACAAAAAGUAUGAUGCUGAUAAUAAUAAAACGUAUGAUGAUGAUGAUAAUAAUAAAACGUACGAUGAUGAUGAUAAUAAUAAAACGUACGAUGAUGAUAAUGAUAAUAAUAAAAAGUGUGAUGGUGACGAUAAUAAUAAAAAGUAUGAUGGUGAUGAUAAUAAUAAAAAGUAUGAUGAUGAUGAUGAUGAUAAUAAUAAAAAGUAUGAUGAUGAUGAUGAUGAUAAUAAUAAAAAGUAUGAUGAUGAUGAUGAUGAUAAUAAUAAUAAAUAUGAUAAUGACAAUGAUAAUAAUAAAAAGUAUGAUCAUGAUGAUGAAUAUUUUUAUUAUAAUAACAAAAAUUAUAAUGGUGAUAAUAAUAAAUAUUGUUGUGAUAAUAAGGAUACUAAUUUAAACCAUAUAAAUUCUUCCAGUAAUCCUCAUAAUACAAAAUACAUUUGUUAUGAAAGUUCCGAAUAUAUUAAAAAGGAUGAUAUAUACCAAGGUUAUAAUGAUACUUUAAAUUGUCAUAAUAAGAACAUUAAUGAAAAACAUACACAAUAUGUUAAUCCAGAAAAUAGUUCAUCUUCUAAUAAUAGUAAAGAUAUAUAUAAUAUAAACAAGAGAGAUAAAUUAUCGAUACAUAAAACAAAACAUAUACAAACAUAUGAAACUGUACCAAGUAUAAAUCAUUGUGAUACAUAUAUUAAUGAUGGAGACGAAGAAGAAGAAGAAGAACAUACUAACAAUGAUCACAAUGGGAAAAGAGAUAAAUUAUAUAGUUUCACAAAUAAUCUAAGUAUGUAUAAAAUGUAUAACAAUAGUGAAAUAACAUGCACAGAAGAAAGUGAUCAUCUAUAUAAAAAUAUAGAAUAUAUUAAUAAAAAGAAAACAUUUUAUACUAAUGAUAAUAAUAAGAAUUCAUACCUUCUAAAUAAUAUAAAACUAAAAAAUAGUAACACAUUAAAUGAAGCUUAUUUUUCGAGGCGCAUCUUAUAUAGUACUACCUUACUAAUGGAUAUUAGAAAAACACUAAGAUAUAAUCGAAAUUUUUUAAAGAAUUCUAUAUUAUGUAAGAAAACAAAGAAGAUAAAAAGAAAAAAGGAGAAACUAAAAACAUUAAUGAAUUUGCACCAAAAAAAUGAUAUGAUUAAUGACUAUCAUCAUAGUAAUGAUGAAAUGCAUGCCAUAAUGAAUAUGUUAAUAGAAGAUUACCGAGGUACUAUAAUUAAAUUUUAUGAGUGCAUAAAAAAAGACAUUAGAAUAAUUAUUGAAAGUAACUAUAAUUUGAAUCUAGAUCUUCUUUCACAAUAUUCUCAAAACAUUAUAAGUGAAAUACAUGAGGAAAAAAAUACACUAAGAAAAAAAAACAUUGACAAAAUAACAAGAAAAUAUUUGCGUCAAAUCGAUUCGUACCGGCUAUGUGAAAAGGACUUUUACCACAAUAUGGGAAAUGAAGAAAAUAAAAAUGAAAAACAUUUAUAUUUAAAUUACCAUAAAUAUGAUUCACUUGAUCUUCGUAAAAUAUUAAAAAAUAAUUAUCAACAAAAUACAUAUGGUGAAUCGGAAGAACCGUUUUCUUUUAAUUUUUAUGAACAUGGUAAUAUAAAAAUUAUUGAUAGAUUAAAAGAAUUAAAAAGUAAUAUCUCAUUUUUUAAAUUUUACGAUUUAAUAGAUUUUCCUACGAGAAUAUAA